GAGUAGGAAGGAAGAUGAAGACCCUGAAGUAAGUAAAGCAAAGGUAAGCUCCGGCAGGGCAGGAGGCAGUAGGCGAAGGAGAAGGAGAAGAGAUGAACGAGAUGGAAGUGGAGGCUCGGGUGAAGCCCCUAAGUUACAAAGUGAAGGCCAUUUCCAGAGAAUCCCCGUCGCAGAAGGCUUCACAUGUCCUCGACAUUGACCUCCGCAACCACUGGUCCACAGCCACCAACACCAAAGAAUGGAUUCUGCUCGAACUCGAUGAACCUUGCCUUCUAUCACACAUAAGGAUAUACAAUAAGUCUGUCUUGGAAUGGGAAAUUUCAGUUGGCCUGCGCUACAAGCCGGAGACCUUUAUCAAAGCCCGCCCACGCUGUGAAGCACCUCGCCGCGAUAUGCUCUACCCCAUCAACUAUACCGCCUGUCGUUAUGUCAGAAUAUCUUGUUUGCGGGGUAAUCCCAUUGCUAUUUUCUUCAUUCAGUUGAUUGGUGUUCCAGUUAUUGGUCUUGAACCAGAAUUUCAGCCUGUUAUUAAUCACCUAUUGCCUCACAUUACUUCUCACAAGCACGAUGCUGAGGACAUUCAUCUUCAGCUUCUUCAAGAUUUGACAAAUCGGUUGAUGACAUUUCUUCCCCAACUUGAGGCAGAUCUCAACAGCUUUCCAGAUGCUCCAGAAACUACUCUUAGGUUCCUUGCCAUGCUUGCAGGACCCUUUUACCCAAUUCUUCACAUACUAAAUGAGAGGGAAACUGCUAAAUCAUCUAGCAAUGCUUUGGAAAUUGAAGCAUCUAAGAACAGUCUUCCUUCACCAGCUUUAACAGUUUCCUCUAAUUUUGAGCCAAGGAGAUCACGUAACACAAUAUCCACUUUCUCUCACACUGCCACUCCAACUGUUUUUCGGCCUGAUGCAAUCCUUCUGUUGCUAAGAAAGGCUUAUAAAGAUUCUCAUCUGGGAACUGUUUGUAGAACGGCUUCUAGGGUUUUACUGAAGCUUGAACAUCCCAACAUACAUGAAGGAACAGUUGAUGAUAAGGACCCAAGUUCUGAGUCAUUUCAUGCUCAUGAUUAUUCAAACUUGUUUGGGGAGGAGUUUAGGGUAACUGAUGAUCAUUGGGACUUAAGAUAUCUCCAACUUUUAGAUAUGAAGGCGGUUGAAGAAGGAAUAUUACACGUUCUUUUUGCUUGUGCAUCCCAGCCUCUGCUUUGCAGUAAAUUGGCUGGAAACAGUUCUGAAUUUUGGUCCACAUUGCCACUCAUUCAAGCUCUACUGCCAGCACUUCGUCCUAAUUUUAGCAGUUCCGGUCAAGUUGAUGAUAGUUUUUCAGCAUGGAGACAACCCUUUGUACAACAUGCAUUGUCUCAGGUUGUGGUGACAUCAACUUCUCCCUUGUAUCGCCCACUUCUUCAUGGAUGUGCUGGCUACUUGUCUUCUUUUUCACCAUCACAUGUCAAGGCCGCAUGUGUUCUCAUCGAUCUCUGUACGGGUGUGCUUGGACCAUGGAUAGGUCAAGUAAUUGCAAAGAUGGACUUGGCUGUGGAGCUUAUCGAGGACCUUUUGGGUGUAAUUCAUGGUGCUCGUCCUGCGAUUGCUGAUGCACGUGCUGCUCUAAAGUACAUUAUUUUGGCAUUAUCCGGUCAUAUGGAUGAUGUAAUGGCAAGAUAUAAGGAUGUUAAGCACCAAAUUCUGUUUCUUGUGGAAAUGCUGGACCCUUUAAUUGAUCCAGCUUUAACCCCUUUGAAGAGCAUGAUAGCGUUUGGAAAUGUAUCUCCAAUAUUUCAUGAUAAUCAGGAACAAAAUUGCACCGGUGCAUUAAAUAUUAUCAAAACAGCGGUAACAAAAUCUGCCAUCCUUCCCUCUUUGGAAUUUGAGUGGAGACGUGGUUCAGUUGCCCCUAUUGUACUUCUCUCAAUUUUGGAGCCUCACAUGCAUUUGCCACCUAAUGUUGAACUUGGCAAACCUCAAAGAACAGAUGUCUCUCUUAAUGAAAAGAUUACUGACCAAGAUGAUAGUGAUGAUGUCAAGCUAGAAACUUUUGAUGAUGUAAGCAUUCUUUUUGCACCCCCUGAAGUACGGGACAUGGUGCUUUCGUGUGGUUCUGAUCAAACCACCUCAGAUCCAAGCAACGCAGAAGAAAUACAGUUAGUUGAGAAAAAAGCGGCCAAUAUUGAGUACUCUGAGCUGCAUGCAGAAUGCCUACAUCUAAUGAAAUUUGCAGAUUGUGAGUUGUGGGCCACUGAGUUUCGACGGGUGGCAUCCGAUUUACAUUCACAAAGUGAUAAUAAUACACCAGAGGGUCAUAACGCUGCUCUAGAUGCCCUGUUAUUGGCUGCAGAGUGUUAUGUUAAUCCUUUCUUUAUGGUGUCAUUCAAAGAAGGUCCUAAGCUCAUAAAUGAGAAUAACUAUAGUUUCACAGAAAUCAGAAAAAUUUUGGAAAAAAGCGACAGUAAUUUGGAAACUAUAGCUAAUGUCGAGAAAAAACGGGACAAAAUAGUUGUAGAAAUUCUUCUUGAAGCUGCUGAAUUGGAUUACAAGUAUCAGAAAACGGCCCCAAACAAUGAUGAAGGUGAUGAUGUCAUGCACUUUUCUGUGCAGGAUUUAUCAUCUAUGGAUGCCAUCACUUUAGUUCGACAAAACCAAGCGUUAUUAUGCAAAUUUUUGAUAAAUUCUUUGCUUAAAGAACAACACAUGAAGCGUGAGAUUCUGUUGCAGAGUUUGGUUUUCUUGUUGCAGUCAGCAACUAAACUUUAUUGUUCUUCUGAACAGAUAAUCGAAAUCAUAUUAAGUUGUGCUGAAUAUUUGAAUGAUUUGCUUGUGUCUUAUUGUCAUAAAGGGAUUUUGAAACUGGAAUUGGUUAAGGUACACGAGGUGGAACGCCACUGGAUUCUUCUUCAAAGAUUGGUGAUAGCUUCAAGUGGUGGUGAAGAAGGGCGAUUUAGUAAUUUGGUUCCUCCAUCAUCUUGGCUGAGGAAAAUAUCAUCUUUUUCUUCUUCUUCUUCUCCACUGGUUCGGUUUAUUGGAUGGAUGGCAAUAUAUCGUAAUGCAGAGCAUUAUCAAAAGGAAAGGCUGGUUCUUGCUUCUGAUUUGUCUGAAUUAACAACUUUGUUAUCGAUUUUCAGUGAUGAAAUGGCUCUAGUCAGUGACCAGAAAGAGGAAUCAUCUUUUCGUGUAGUCUACCCUGAAAUUAGCCAGUUUUUCCCAAAUUUAAAGAGACAAUUCAAAGCGUUUGGUGAGGCUAUAUUGGAAGCUGUUGGAUUGCAAUUAAAAGUUGUUCCUUCUAGUGCUGUACCGGACUUGUUAUGCUGGUUUUCUGAUUUAUGUUCAUGGCCAUUUCUUCAAAACGGAAAAUCUUCUUUUGUUAAAGGGUUUCUUACAAAGAAUGCAAAGGCAAUCAUUUUAUACAUACUUGAAGCCAUUAUAGGUGAGCACAUGGAAGCAAUGGUGCCUGAAAUGCCUAGAGUUGUACAAAUGCUUCAGUCCCUAUGUACAACCUCAUAUGCUGACGUGGCGUUUCUAGAUUCGGUUUUAGGUUUGUUGAAACCACUCAUCUCUUAUUCCUUAAAGAAGGAGGAAAAUCUUGAUUUUGAGUCUCUGUGUUUUGAUGAGCUUUUUAGUAACAUAAGCAACCGUUCUGAGACAUAUAGCCGGGCCCCAACAAUUCUUGUUUUAGCUUCCAUUUUUCUUGAUUUAUCAUCACGAAGAAAACAGGAAAUGUUGCAGUCACUUGUAUUUUGGGCUGAUUUUGCUACCUUUGAGCCAACAACCUCCUUCCAUGACUACCUUUCUGCAUUUCAGGUAGUAAUGGAAAGCUGCAAAACGUUUCUCAUUGAAAGACUACAAGUAUCGGGCAUCAUUCCCAUUGACGAAAAUUCAGAAUCACAUUCAUUGUUCCUAAUUGAUGCUUUCCAAAGUCACAUCGGGAAUCGAAACCCUCAUCAUUUAUCGGUUGAACAAGUUUCGGAAUUCUCGAAAAAUCUUGAAAUUCUUAUUUCCAAGCUUAAUCCAACAAUCGAGCUAUGUUGGAAGCUUCAUUUUCAACCAGCUAAAAAGCUCACUGCCACGUCAGCACAGUGUUUUGUCUACUCAAGAUGUUUAGCAUCCGUGUUAGAUAAAGAUUCAGUUGACAAUUUUCAUUGGAAAACAAGUCUUGCACAACUCGCUGAAACAGUUGUUAAAUUACAAGAAAACAGUUGUUGGGAGGUUGCCUCUACAGUUAUUGACUGCAUACUUGAUGGGCCUCGGUUUUUGGGUUUGGAUCAAGUAAUCGGGCCUCUUUGUUUAGCAAUGAAGAAAUUUUCACAAAGUGCACCAAAAGUUUCUUGGCGUUUACAGACAGAUAAGUGGUUAUCAUCAUUAUUCGAUGGAAAGAUCCAGAGUCUUCUGGAUAGUCAACUUCUAUUAGUUGACCUUUUAUCUUCAAUGAUGAGUCAUAUUGAACCAGAACAACGUUUUACUGCAAUUAAACAUUUGGGGCAGCUGGUGAGCCAAGAAGCUGACAGUGAACCAUGUGAUGAGUCAAUUUUAUCUUGUAUUGUUUCAAACACAUGGGACCGAAUAGUUGUGCUGGCUUCAUCUGACACGUCAUCACUCUUGAGGACACACGCACUGGCGCUUCUAGUCAAAUGUGUUCCAUUUGCUGAGAGACCACAGUUGCAAUCUGUUCUAGGUGCUGCGGAUAAUUUUCUUCCUUGUUUAGUCAACCUUGGUCAACAGACAUGUGAAGGACCUUUUAUGCAACUUUCAUUAGCUCUGAUUGCCACCAUCUGUUUGUACUCCCCUGUUGAAGAUGUUUCUCUGAUUCCUCAAAAUAUAUGGAAAAAUUUUGAAACUUUGGGUCUAUCAAAAACUGGGAAGCAUGAAGAUCUUGUUCAAAGUGCUUGCCGGGCUCUUUGUAAGCUUAAAAGUGAAGGGGAUGAAGCCAAAGGGAUUCUCAAGGGAGUUCUCACAUCAAAUAUUCCGAAACAAGAAGAAUCAGAUUUUGCAAGUACCCGCGAGUCACUUCUCCAGGUCCUUGCGAAUUUGACUUCUGUACAGUCAUACUUUGACUUCUUCUCCAAGAAAACUGAUGAAAAACUUAUGGAAACUCAGGAGGCUGAGAUUGAAUUGGAUUUAAUACGCAAAGAGCAGUCUGUUAACGAGUCAUCUAAUGAUUUAACAGAUUGGAGAAAGAUUCCUUUUCUAGCAAGUUUUGUAUGCAGGUUGAAGAAGUCUCUCUAUGGCCUCAAACAGGCACCACGGGCUUGGUAUACCCGGUUUGCUACAUAUAUUCUCUCACAGGGUUUUCGCAGCAGUGUAUGCGACAACUCGUUGUUCGUUUAUACCCAGGGUCAUAAUGUUGCAUAUCUCCUUUUAUAUGUUGAUGAUAUUGUCCUGACUCCAGGCGGUCAACAAGUGGCUAUUGUGUUUUCUUGGGAGAUAACCUUAUUUCAUGGUCUUCUAAGCGACAGCCCACUGUUUCACGAUCCAGUGCAGAAGCUGAAUAUAAGGGGGUUGCUAAUGCUGUCGCAGAAGCCACGUGGAUUCGAAACUUGUUACUUGAGUUACAUGUUCCAUUGAAACAGGCCUCGGUUAUUUAUUGUGACAACGUGUCCGCUAUUUAUAUGUCAGAUAACCCGGUCCAGCAUCAAAGAACGAAGCAUAUUGAGAUUGAUAUCCAUUUUGUUCGGGAAAAGGUGCGCAUUGGUCAUAUUCGCGUUCUGCACGUUCCCUCAUCUUACCAAUACGCUGAUAUCUUCACUAAAGGCCUUUCGAGGCAGCUUUUUCACUCUUUCAGGUCCAGUUUGACCGUUUGUCCGAUGACCGAUCAAACUGCGGGGGGCUAUUAACGGAUAUAGUUUAUAAUUGUUAUGUAUAUAUUUAGAGAUAGAUAUUGUAUUUGUUCCAGAUUUAUCUCUUUCCUUAUUUAGUGCUAGGGUUUGUUUAUUCUUUGGAUCCUUUAUAUACGAUCCUCUCCUAUGUAUGAUCAUUCAUUCAGAUUAAUAAAGUUUCUGCACUU